CGUGGUUACAGAAGCGGUGGUGCUCUGCUGUAUCUGCGGCUGUUAGCAAGGGCACACGCUGGGAGAGACUGCGGGACAGUCGGGCAGGUGAGUGGGUCAAUAGGAACGAUUUUAACGGACCUGUUUGUUGUUGUUUGGUGGUGUGUGUGCUUUUCUAAUGUCUCUGUCAGGAGGAACCGGUUGACAGCCUCAUGUCUCUCCAGGACAGUGUAUAACAGUGUUCCGGACAGAAUCACAGCGUCCCAGCGGUACUCAGUACCUGAGGAAAGUUUCACCACUCUGUCCAAAACUAAACAGUUAGCAGCUUCUGAUGCUUGGAUGUGUGUGGUGCCGCAGUCUUCUGAGUGACUAUAAGGAGGCGUGUCGUGAAGCGAUAUUGGGAGCUUAUGAGCGUCCUUUUAAAGCAUCAGUCUAUGCAGCUCUGAUUGGAGGAGCAUAUGCCUGUUACUACACUAAUCCAGAUGACACGUCUUUUCAGAGCAGAAUACUAGAGACCUCUAACAAGCUCGCCCUGCUCUCUCCCUGGAUCCGCAGCGGAACAUCAGAUGGACAUGUACAAAGCCUGGUCAGGCUGCACAACGAGGGCCGUUUGCGCUACGUCAGUCUGGGCAUUGUCUCACUGGCCUAUGUGGCAAAUUAUGACCCUGAGAGCAGCUUGUAUGAGGCAAACUGCUCUGCGAUCUCUAUGCCCUGGGCAGAGUUUCACAAACAUGUGCUGGAUGUGGGCUUUGUUGGUCGUUGGUGGGUGUUGGAUCAGAAGAUGAAGGACUUUGAUAUAAACGAGGACGAGUUCAAGCAUCUCCCUUUAACUCUGCUGGGAACAGUGCCCCCUACAGCCCAGGAGACUGAAAAAAAUGAGAGACUGCACCAGGAGUCCUGGAAGUCAUUGGUGGUGAAGGUGGAGGAAGAGAUGGACAGUGUGAAUAAAGAAGGGGAAGUUACAGAAAUAUUAAAUAAAGAGAGCAAAGCAGAAAAAAAGCUGUAAGACAAUUAACAUAAUGUGAUAAAGGACAUGUUGUCAAUCCUGUGGAUGUGCAACAAGAUGAAUUCACUUGUACUUCAAUAUCUAAAGUCAAAUAAUCUCUGAAAUUGUUGCCCAUUAACCCACACAUAUAUGCUUCACUAAGUCACUUUUAAUUGGCCGUAUGAGGACUUUGAGAACUUUAACACGUGAUUAACUAAUCAUGUAGUUUCUGCAGUGACAUUUUUAUAAUGUGGUAAAAUGUAAAGUGAUGCACAGCCCGAGUCUAUCGAAACUGAUAGCUAUGUGCUGCUAUUGUUAUAAUUAAUUUAUUACUAUUGUGUAAAAAAGUAUAUAAUCUUAAUUUACAUUGUAAUGCACAACAGUGCGCUUAAAGACUCCCUACAAAUAAAUUGUACUCUCCAAUGAUAAAU